CUCUCACCCGAGACUCGGAGGAGUGUGGUCUACGCGGCGGUGUCAUGCGGCCGGCGCAAGCCCUUAGUUGGUACCGGCGGAUGUCAGUAGUUUACGGACUGGGCGCCUGGACCCUGCUGGGCUCCUUGAUUUUUUUGAGUCAGAAAAAGAGCAAGCCGCCAGGUGAUAAAGUAGAACAAAAGGAUGCCUCAAGAAACGAACUAUUUGAGCCCCCAAAAGGCUUUUAUGUGGAAACGAUUGUCACAUAUAGAGAAGAUUUUGUUCCAGUUACUGCCAGGAUCAUCAACUAUUUGAAAUCAUGGACUGGUGGCCCUGGACCAAAAUCAUGAUUGACUGCCGAACUCUGAAAACAGAAUUUUGGUUCAGCAUAUACAUUUGAGAGAUACCUUGAUUUCCACUUUCCACUUGUGAAAAGUGAAUACAUUUAAGUUUGCUGUAAAAUAAAAAAUAGGCAAUAAAUAGCCCCUUGAAGAAAAGUAAA